GAAGGCAAAAAAACAAAAGCACUACAUGAGACCACAUGUUCUUCCAAACAAAGUAUUGUGGCUCAUCUCCAAGACUUAGUGGUGAUGUAGGAGAAUCAAAGCAAACAUAGGAAGAUUGAUAGAGAGCUACAUCAUGAGUAAUAAUAAGGUCAUGAAGAGCUAGGAAUAUUGUUUUGCUAGCUCUCUUGUGCAACAAAUGAUAUGUAGGAGAAAAACCCUAGCUGGUGGAACAUGAAUAGGCUAAGAUCACAAGCUCAAGACUCCCCACAACAACCUUCUUCCUCCUCCUCUUCAGCACCACCACCACCACCAUCAUCAUCUUUUUCAUCUUUGUCGUCGUCAUCAUCAUCGCCGUCGUCAUGUUCAUCUUCUUCUAUGUAUACUCACUACACAAAUCAAUCCAAUCUUCCUAAUACCACCCUCUACAGGCAGGAUAAUCAAAUUUUUCCAAAGUCAUGGAGCCAACUACUGCUGGAUGGAUUGGUAGAAGAAAAAGAAGAAGAAGAAGAUGAUGAUGAUGAUAGGAUGAUCAGCAGCAGCUUUGCUCCUCAUUUCCAACCCAAGUUGGUGGAGAAUUGGAAGGAUCAGGUGCUGUACCCACCACCAAACACCAACAUAGUUGGUCCAAAACAAGAGGGCUAUGAAAGUGGCUUCAUGUAUCAAAAUAAAACUGAGGAUAUUCAAAUCACAAUGAGGGCUCCAUUUUGGAGCCAUGCUCUACAUGCUUCUUCUAUUAAUUCUUGUGCCACAACAAGUUUAAGCAGCAGUAGCAGCAGCAUGUUGGAUAUCUCAAAGAGCAAGCCAGAUAGCAACAAUCUACCACUAGAAAUUUCAUCUGAUCAGUGCAACAGCACAACUGGUUCAGCUCUCAAAAAGGCAAGAGUCCAAAUCUCCUCCGUGUCACAACCAAGUAUCAAGGUGAGAAAGGAGAAGUUAGGAGAUAGAAUAACAGCUCUUCACCAACUUGUUUCACCAUUUGGAAAGACUGACACAGCAUCUGUACUACAAGAAGCCAUUGGCUACAUCAGAUUCCUCCAUCAUCAAAUUGAGGCCCUGUGCUUACCACACUUGGUUGAUGGAUCAACAAAUUCGAGGCAGCUUAUUCGUCUCAGGAAAAAGAUGAGAGGAAUGACGUUUCUCAUGAAGUCCAGUUCCAGGAUCAGGAUGCUUGUGAUGAGCCAAAGAAGGAUUUAAGGAGUAAAGGAUUGUGCUUGGUUCCCAUAUCCUUAAUCCUGUAUGUCGACAGAGAUAAUAAAGCAAAUUACUGGGGUUAAGGGAAUUUGUAUUUAAAUCCAAGUUUUAUGUACAAACAUGUGGAAAAGAUUAGUAGUAGCAACUUCAAACUUGGGACUUCGCUAUUUAACUUUGCGAUUCCAUUGCAUGUAAUUGUAGUUUCAGUAGGCAUCUUAAAUGUUAAUUCAUGGUAGUAACAUGUAGCUGGGUGUAUAAAUUUAGAUUAUUUUACUCUUAAAAGAAACGAGGAGUUUAUUGGGUUCA